ACAGUGAAAGUACAAGGGAAUGACAUCUCCCACAAGCUGCAGAUUUCAAAAGUGAGGAAAAAGGAUGAAGGCUUGUAUGAGUGCAGGGUGACUGAUGCCAACUAUGGAGACCUUCAAGAAUACAAAGCCCAGGCAUUUCUCAAAGUCAACGCUAACAGCCACUCUAGGCGAAUGCAAGCCUUCGAGGCAUCUCCAAUGUGGUUGCAAGACAUGAAACCUCGCAAAAACAUCUCUGCAGCUGUUCCAAGUAGCAUCCAUAACUCUGCCAAUCAGCGUGCGCGUGUCACCUCCAGCCCUGAGGCAGCAGCCAAAAUCCCCAAACAAAGUCCACAAUCAGGUGCGAGGAUAGCUACAAGCCAUGGACUUUCUGUCCUGCUUCUUGUUUGUGGCUUUGUGAAGGGUGCUUUGCUUUAAUCUAAAAGUGCUGACUUUUUCCAAUAUCACUUUCUCUUCUUAAAGCAAAGAUCAAAUCGCCUGUAAAAUCCACGGAGCGGACAGCAAAGUUGACCCUAACCUCCAACCACCACUCUGCACCCAAUGUACUCUAAAUCUCUACACAAGGAGCACCUUCUUCAGGAAGUACAAACAAAAAUACUAAACAAAACAAAUAAAUAAUUAUUAUAAAAAGAAGAGGAUACCACAUGUUUUCGUGAUAAUAUCUCAUUUUCUUUGGCGUAUCACUGAUCUUUUAUUUGACGAGAACUGGUGUGAUGUAAUCAAACGUUUUUGUAACUGCAAGAUCUAGUUUCCUUUUCUUUUGGCAAGGAGAAGCCUCAUCUUUGACUUCUCAGGGGUUGGCCUGCGAGUCAUCAGUAUGACAGAAUUAACCGUGGAUGACAUUUGGUUUCCUACGCUGAAAGAAUAGUUCCAGCCUGGAAGCAAACAGAGGCCAAACAAACAAAACAGUGAUUUAUCAUUGACCCAAAUAAAACACACCAUAAACUUUAUCAAA